AUGAGGCAGAAUCGUCGGAACAUUAUCAGGUGUCAAGACUUUCCAAGUUCCAGAAAAGAUGGGCGUGACAAAGUCCACGGCGGAAGAACAGAAGCGGGUUGCAUUUUUCGAAGAAUUCUUAGAAAGGAAGUUCCAUUUAGGAACGGGACUGCACCCGGAGCUCAGUCGCACGAGGAUAUGACAGGUAUCCCGAUGGAGGUAGCAGUCCACAAGUUAAGCUUGGAUCCCAACGUACCUCCGGUAAGACAAAAGAAGCGCCUUACUGCCGAAGCCAGGAACAAAUUCGUCAAAGAAGAGGAAACCCGCUUGCUUAAUAUCGGUUCGAUCCGAGAGGUAAGAUAUCCGGACUGGCUGGCUAAUGUAGUGGUAGUUCCUAAUAAGAAUAAGAAAUUUUGUGACCACCUCACACAUCUGCAAGAAACUUUCGACAUCCUGAGGAAACAUAACAUGAAACUUAACCCCGAGAAAUGCGCGUUCGGGGUUAGUUCUAGUAAGUUUCUGGAGUUUCUGGUCUCACAAAAGGGAUUUGAGGUAAACCCUGAUAAAAUCAAGGCCAUAGAGGACAUCCUGGAUCAAUUGCCGAGAGCAGAGGAAGUCCAAAGGCUCACAGGAAGGUUGGCAGCUGUGAGCAGGUUUAUUUCCCGUUCGUCAAAAAAAUAUCAUUGUUUCUUUGCUUUACACAAAAAGAAAAAUGAUUUCGAAUGGACACCAGAGUGCCAACAAGCUUUGAGGGAUUUGAAGAGGUACUUAUCAAGUCCUCCAUUACUCUCAAAACCAAAAGAAGGCGAAAUAUUGACGGUCUAUCUCGCGGUCUCGGAAGUUGCGGUAAGUGCGGUUUUAGUCUGUAAGGACAAAGGUACGCAAUCUCCCAUUUAUUAUGUUAGAAAAAUUAUAAUGGGAGCAGAAACUUGCUACCCACAUUUGGAAAAACUAGCCUUAGCUCUCAUAGUUGCCGCUCGGAAGCUGAGGCCCUACUUCCAAUGCCACCCGAUAGUCGUGGUGACUACUUUUCCUUUGCGGAACAUCCUCCAUAAGCCCGAGCUCUCGGGAAGAUUGGCCAUCAAAAUUAGUGAAUUCGACAUUGAAUACAAACCAAUGACUGCAAUUAAGUCAGGGUCUGGGCUGACUUCGUGGCCAAUUUCAGUCCGGGACUACUGCCUCUGGCAACCAAGGAGGAAGCAAUGGUGUCGGAAUCAACGUCAGGAGUUUGGACCCUAUUUACGGACGAGGCUCCAACGUAAAAGGGUCCGGACUUGGAAUAGUCUUAAUCACGACUUCGGGAGAAACUUUGAGGCAAGCCAUCAGAACAAUAAUGAAGCAGAGUAUGAAGCUUUGAAUGCAGGACUUGAAUUGGCCCGGGGACUCAACUCUGAGGUCAUCAAAAUCAAAUGUGACUCAGAGCUAGUGGUAAAUCAGGUCUAUGGGAUCUUUGACGCUAAAGAAGAACGCAUGCAACAAUACAGGAUAAAGUUCCAGGCUCUGUUGGCACGAUUCCAGGAGAGGUCAAUUACUUAUAUCCCAAGGGAGGAUAACACAGAAGCAGAUGUGUUGGCAAACUUAGGAUCAUCAACAAAAAUAAAGGGGACAGAGUCUGGCGCAGUAGUACAAUUAAUAAACUCGAUUCUGGAUGCAGAUGGUUACUACAAGGUAAAUUCGACUAGCUUGGUCUGGGACUGGAGAAAUGAAAUAAUCGACUAUGUCGAGCACGAGAAGUUGCUCGAAGACCCCAAAGCAUCACGGGCAUUACGCGCCAAAGCUACACGAUACUGCUUCAAGAGAGGCCAGUUGUAUGGAAAAUCUUUCCAAGGCCCGCUGGCCCAGUGCUUAGGAACAUCCGAAGCUAACUACUUCAUGAGGCAACCACUCAAGCGUAGAUUCCUUGGUGCUGAAGCUGGUACGGGUAGGAUAUUACUGUCCCCGCAUGGACCAGGACGCCAAAGAUUUCAUACGAAAAUGUGA